GAUCCUUCUUUGUUCCCGUCUGUCCCGACUGGGGGGCUGUGAGCUUGAGUCUGGAGCUGCAAGAUGAUGAUGUUCUUGUGAAUGGAUGCUGGAAUGCUGACGACGUGGAUGGGCGCCUACAGUUACCUUCUGGGUCGCCUGGUAUGUCUAGCCUUGGCUGGAUCCUUCGGUGCUCGCCGUGGUUGUAUCGGGCUUGUUGGAUAUGAUCGCCUGAUGAAUGUAUGGCUGAUGAGGAGCUCAGUGUCAGACAUUAGCAGUUGCUGGACAGUCGGUGUAUCGGAUACGGGUUCGCGACGCGAGUGCAUCUGCUCGUGCGUGAGACACUGUCACCGCGCUUUGCAAGGCGACACGCCACAUGCCAUGGCCAAACUGAGAAUCAAAUACAGAGACUGUCGAUACAUUUGCUACUCCGGCCUCAGUGCUCUGCCUAGCUACUACAUCACUGCUACUACUCAGCUCAAGCGACGAUCGCUCAGCUCCCUACCGACAUAUCCGUCACUCAGAAACUCAUAUCCGCCCUCGUCCAUCAGAAUAGCCAUCAUUACGCGGCUCACCGGAAGCAGCUUAUACUGUCUCACAUUUCCGGCAAGACACGGAAGCCUUAAGAGACACUUUGCACAGCCUUAACGGAUCCCGGAAGUACCAUAGCUUCUAGAAGCGAACUGCCUGCCUAACGGAGCUGAGAACGCAAGGCGUCUGACAGCCUUACACAAUGCCAAAACCUACAAGGCUACAAACAGGGGUUUGCAGCCUAAUCCAGCAACCCGAUCGGAGCUUGUAGUACUCAGAAGACAUAACC